AUGAAGGCUGCUAUCAUCACCGCCCUCGCCGUUAUGGCCUCCUCGGCUGCUGCUGCCCCUGCCGGUAGCCUGCCCAUUGGCGAGGUCACCAAGGCCCUUAACCUCGGACCUUCUUCCGCUUCCCCCUCCGCUUCCUCCUCCACUACUCCCGUCGCUUCGGCUUCCUCUAUUCCCUCCUCUUCUGUCUCCGGUGGCCGCAUCGUCCAGGAUGUCAGCAAGCCUGUCAACCAGAUCCUGUCUGUCACUGGCCCCAACGCCAAGCAGCUGCUCAUAGAGCUUAGCCCUGAAGUUGCCGGCCUCCUCUCUGGCCUCGGUUUGGGCGCUCUCGGUGGCCCAGUUGGUUCCAUCGUCGCCUCCGCCGCCAACGUUGGUGACCUUGUCAAGGACCUCGGCCCCAAGGUCGAGGGUCUCCUCACUGUUGUCGACAAGGACCUCGGUGCUUUGUUGAUCCAGCUCUCCCCCGAAGUCGCUGGUCUCGUUUCCGGCCUUGGUCUUCCCAACGUCGGCGUCCCCGUCGGCAGCGUCGUCUCUACCCUUGGUGAGAACCUCAAGCGCUCCAACGGCAAGCUUGUCGAGGACCUUGCCCCUCAGGUCCAGGACGUCCUUGAGGUCACCGGCCCCAACGCUGAGCGUCUCCUCGUUCAGCUCAGCCCCUCUGUUGCCUCGCUCCUUACUGGCCUUGGUCUUCCCAGCGUUGGCACUCCCGUCGGUGAGAUCGUCAAGAAGGCUGGUUCCGUUGGUGAGCUUGUUAAGGACCUCGGUGCUCCCGUCAACAACCUUUUGACUGUUGUCGGUCAGGAUGGCGGUGCUCUCCUUAUCCAGCUCUCUCCUAGCGUUGCUAGCCUCCUCACUGGUCUUGGUUUGCCCGGUGUUGGCAGCUCCGUUGGUGCUGUUGUUGCCACUCUCGGCAAGAACCUGUAA